GCAAAUUAGUUUCUGUGUGGGAGUGAACUGUCAAGAUGGCCACUAGUGCCCGGGAUCAGGUUCGAGAUCAGUAAGGGAUACUGAAUGUAGAGGAUGGUUAUUUUAUGAGGAGAAAGGUUUAAAUGAAUAUGUAGCAACAUUUUCUGUAGCUAAAGAAGAAACACACUACAUUUAUAUCAAAAGGAAGCAUCCUCAUGCUAAAUUAGAUCAACGUACCUUCUCAAAGUUUAUAUUUGCCCAGCAAGACUCCACAUUUACAUCAAGAGGUGAUUAUAUUGAAUUAAAGUUUGAUACUCCACAAGCUAAGCCAACCACAGGAUGGAUUAUUAAACCUCACACAGUACCUUGUAGAAUAUAUAGAAGUGAUGUUGAUAAAUUUGGUCAGCCUCCCUAUUUUGAUCCUCCCUCCUGCAGUGUAUCAGUAUGUGCUACACCUGAUGCUGUUCCUAGACUACAUUAUACUAUACCAAUGAAAGGUGUGGUUGGAUAUCAUACAUUGAAUAUUAAAAGGACAUUGAUAAAAGGCCCUUUCUUAGACACUGGUGAUUUAGAUUAUGUACUUAACACAUUGGAUGAAGCUGGCUUCUCACAGACAAAAUGGAAACCUCUUUGUGAUGCCUUAGGAUUAUACUUUACUACACUGGAGGCUAUUGAGGCUGAGUAUGCUGAAGGUGUACAAGAAUGUCUUAGGCAAUGUCUAGUACAAUGGUUAGAGAGAGCUGAUGAUGUUGAUGUUAGAGGAGGUCCAACAAUGGCUUCUCUGUGUUAUUCUCUUGAGGACAUUGGUGAGAAAAUAGUAGCUGAUUACAUCAGAAAGAAUAUUAAUAAAGAUUCUCCAGAGUUAUCCCAGGUACUACAAAAUUAUAUGUUGCAUACAUAAUAUAUAUGCAGAAUGUAUGUGAAGUAUAUGUGACAUAUAAGUUUUAUAUAUAUUUGUCUUAAAUAUAUGUUUGCAUACAUAGUGACUUGUUUCCUACAUAUACAUUAAUUAUAUGUUAUAUGUAUGUUCCUAUUACACAUAUGAAUUGCAUAUAUUUUUAUCUUACAUAUAUGUUUGAAAACAUAUUGGACUGAUUGAUACAUAGAAAUUUAUUAUAUGUUUCAUAGGGACAUUUUUGUUGCAAUCACAUUAUAUAUGCAAAUUCUAUGUGAAUUAUGUUAUAUACAUGUGUACAGUACUACAUGUACAUAUACAUAUAAUUGCUUUA